AUGGUUGCGAUAUUCAGACUCCUACGCGUUACAUCAAAACCAAGUCUUCAACGCAGCUCCCUCCACCAUCACCACCACUACCAUGGACAACAACCGCCGAAGACUCCGCCGCCGCCGCUCCCUGCCACGUUCUACCUCUCCCGCCUCUGCACAAACCUGGAGACUCUGCAGAAGCUCCACGCGUCCUUGGUGGCCCACGGCCUCAGCGGCGAGCUCCUCAUCUCGACGAAGCUCCUCAGCCUCUACGGCUCCUUCGGCGUCCUCCAGCGGGCGCGCGCACUCUUCGACCUCCUCCCCUCCCGCGACCUCUACUCCUUCAAAGUCAUGAUUCGCUGCUAUUUUCUCAACGACAACCACUCCGGCGUUGUUUCGGUCUACCGCCUCAUGCGCCUCUCCCUCCACCCCACCCCUCACGACGACGUUCUCUUCUCUGUCGUCCUCAAAUCCUGCGCUGAAACACGCGACCUCCUACAGGCCACACUCACGCACUGCCACGUCACCAAGUCCCUCCCUCCCGACAGCUUCCUCCUCACCUCUCUCGUCGAUGCCUACGCCAAAUGCGGCCAACUCCUUCACGCGCGACGCGCCUUCGACGAAAUACCCCACCGCGACGUCGUUUCCUGGACCUCCAUGAUUGUCGCCUACGUGCAAAACGAUUGCGCGCGUGAGGGUAUAACCUUGUUCAACAGAAUGCAAGAAGCCUUCGUCCAGGGGAAUGAGUUUACAAUCGGGAGCGUGGUCAGUGCGUGCACCAACCUGGGGUGGUUGCACCAAGGGAAGUGGGUUCAUGGGUUUGUUAUCAAAAACGGAAUCUCGGUUAAUUCUUUCUUGACCACGUCGCUUUUGAAUUUGUAUGUUAAAUGUGGGAGCGUUCGGGACGCACGUGCGGUGUUUGAUGAGAGUAUUUCUUCCGAUCAUCAGCAUCAUCAUUGGGAUCUUGUUUCAUGGACGGCUAUGAUCGUAGGGUAUAGUCAGAGAGGUUAUCCUCGCUUAGCAAUAGAGUUGUUCACGAACGAGAAAUGGGCCGGGCUUGUACCCAAUUCUGUCACCGUUUCGAGCUUGUUAUCUGCGUGUGGGCAAUUACGUAAUUCUCAUAUGGGGAUGUUACUUCAUUGUUUGGGAGUCAAGUGUGGAUUGGAGGAUCCUCCUGUGAGGAAUGCUCUUGUUGAUAUGUACGCGAAAUGUGGCCUUGUUUUGGAUGCCCGAAAGGUGUUUGAAUCAAUGGACAAGGAUGUCGUGUCUUGGAACUCGAUUAUUUCUGGUUGUGCGCAGAGUGGUGAAGAGUGUGAAGCUCUGGAGCUCUUCAAGAGGAUGAGAUUGGAGUUGCUCUCGCCGGAUUCAGUUACUGUGGUCGGUGUUCUCUCUGCGUGUGCGUCCCUUGGCGCGCUUCAGCUUGGUUGCUCUGUUCACGCUUUGUCGUUGAAGGAAGGCCUGGUGUUGUCCAGUAUCUACGUUGGCACUGCUCUGCUGAAUUUCUACGCGAAAUGUGGGGAUACGAAGGCCGCGAGGAUGGUGUUUGAUUCAAUGGGAGAGAAGAAUGUGGUGACGUGGGCCGCAAUGAUUAGUGGGUAUGGGAUGCAGGGGGAUGGAAAUGGAUCUCUUGUGCUGUUUAGGGAUAUGUUGAAGGAGGAGCUUGAGCCUAAUGAAGUGGUAUUUACAACUAUAUUAGCGGCCUGCAGUCAUUCGGGGAUGGUUGGAGAAGGGUCCAGGUUGUUUAAUUUGAUGUGUGGGGAGUUGAAUUUGGUUCCUUCCAUGAAGCACUAUGCGUGUAUGGUUGAUAUGUUGGCGCGCGCAGGGAACCUUGAAGAGGCUUUUGAUUUUAUUGAGAGAAUGCCCGUUGAACCUAGUGUUAGUGUGUUUGGAGCUUUUCUCCAUGGUUGUGGGCUUCAUUCUAGGUUUGAGAUAGGGGAAGUGGCUAUUAGGAGAAUGUUGGAGUUGCACCCUAAUGAAGCUUGUUACUACGUGCUUGUAUCAAACCUGUAUGCUUCGGAUGGGAGAUGGGGCAUGGUUAAGCAGGUGAGGGAGAUGAUAAAGCAAAGAGGGUUAAACAAGGUUCCUGGCUGUAGUUCAGUGGAGAUGGAUCUCAACAAUGACGCUUAUGCCAAAGUGGCAGUACUUUCUUAA